AUGGUCAUAGAACUUUAUAAUUAUGACGCAGGCUUUCAGACGGGAGCGAUCGCCGCCCAGAAAGGAGCCCAUUCCCUCGGGGGCGUGGACGGUAGCUCCAGUCAGGGUGCGGACGGCUACAGCGACUACACCGUGCCCGAGGGCGUGAAGUUGGACGAUAUCUGUCUCACGCAGGGCUGUGUCAAUGCUGCAUCACGUAUACUGACCUCCAUGGACGCGUCUGUGGCACCGUGUGACAACUUCUACGACUUUGCCUGCGGGAACUGGAACAAGAUGAACAUCAUCCCGGCGGACCGCACCAACCACAACACCUUCACCAAACUAGGGGACGACCUGCAGGCCAUGCUGAAGAGUAUUAUCGAAAGGCCAAAGGAUCCUAAGGAGGACAUUGAAGUAACCAUAAAAGCUAAAGACUUGUACACAUCUUGUAUCAAUGAAACACAAAUAGACCUGCUGGGUCUGAAGCCAGUACGCAGCUUGUUGGCUGAGCUGGGCGGCUGGCCAGUGCUGGAUAAGUCACGUGACAGGCAGUACGACAAUCAGGACGUGAUCGAGUUGCUGGUAAAGCUGCGACGAAUUAACUCCAAGGACAUGAUCAACUUUUGGGUGUCGGAGGACGACAAGAAGUCAGAUGUGAACAUUAUACAGCUGGACCAACCUGAGCUGGGCCUAUUAUCUCUAGACUACUACCUCAAGGACGAAUACUCUAAGCUGGCUCUAUACAGGAAGUUCGCCCUUGACGUGGCGGUCAUGUUUGGAGCAGACGAGAAGACGGCGUCCAGAGACGUGGACGACUGGGUCAACUUUGAGGUGGAGUUGGCCAAGAUCAUGGUCCCAGAACACGAGCGCAGGGACAAUGAGGCGAUGUACAACAAAAUGUCUCUGGGACAGUUAGCAGACAGAGUCCCCGAGGGUGGUCAUGAAUUACCUGAUCUGGCGCAACCUCAUGAGACGGAUACCUAAUCUGCCACGAAAGUACCGCAACAUCAAGAACGAUUUUUACAAAGCCAGCAUGAUGGCUGAAAAGAUUGGUUACCCAGAAUACAUUCUCAAUGACACAGCACUCAACGAGGAGUAUUCAGAGCUGGAGAUAGACUCGGAAAUGUACUUCGACAAUAUCAUGACCCGGAUCAGGAACAUGGCCAUGAGGGUGCUUCAGAGUCUCAGGGAUAAGGUGGACAAGACAAAGAGCGCGCUCAGUGUAUCAUCGAUCAGUACAGCAACUAUACGGUCCCAGAGAUCAACGUCAAUGUGAACGGAAUUCUCACUCAAGGGGAGAACAUUGCGGAUAACGGGGGCCUCAAAGAAGCUUACAUGGCAUACAAGAAAUACAAGAACGAGCAUGGACAUACAGAGAAGCGUCUCCCAGGGCUAUUACAGUUCAACAGCGAUCAAUUAUUCUUCGUUAAUUUUGCCCAGGUGUGGUGUGGUGUCAUGAGACCGGAGCAAGCCCUGGAUCGCCUGAAGACUGGGGUUCACACCCCCGGGAGAUUCAGAGUCAUCGGAACUCUCCAGAACAUGGAGUCGUUCUCAGAGACGUUCAACUGCCCGGAAGGAUCCUAUAUGAACCGAAAGGACAAGUGUAAGAUCUGGUGACCUGCGUGCUCGAUAAUCGAGGGAGCCAUACUUUGUUUUCUAAAAAGUUGCGGCCUCUACACACAAGUCGAGAAGAAACGAAAUGCAAUUUAUUGACUGACAUCGGCCCGACUGACUAACCUAUGAGCUUGGAUGUGAAGCCAAGUGCAGUUUUAUGGUUAUGUGUUUGUGUCAUGGAAAGUGGUGUGUCUUCUGGGUCGACAACGACGACUAAUUUUGUCGCACGAUGAGGAGGAGGAAGAGGAGGUGGAGGUGAUCGUGGAAGGAUAUGGUCACGAUGGUUCUAGGAACACAUUAGUUUCUUCUGUAUAUAUGUGAAUAUCUGAAUUUUCGACAAAGUUUUGUCAACGAUGAGCGAGCAUGAGCAUGUGUGUGUUUGUGUAUGUGUGUGUGCAUUUGUGAGUGUGUGUAUCUGUAUAUAUGCGUGAGUGCGUGUGUGUAUGUGUAUGUGAGCUUUCGUGUGUGUCUGUGUGUGUUUGUGUGUGUAUGUAAUUGCAAUCGAGUGUGGUCAGGACAUUUGCGUGUUAACAUACACAUGUGUAAAAAGUGACAGAAAGAGAAAGAGAAUGAGAGAGAGAGAGAGAGAGAGAGAGAGAGAGAGAGAGAGAGAGAGAGAGAGAGAGAGAGAGAGAG